AUGGAUUACAUAACAGUUUUGCUUUUGCUUUCCUUUGUGUGGACAUGCAUUCAUCUCCUCAAGCUCAGUCCAAUUGGCCGGAAACCCAUCGUUUCCUCUCCCGAAACCGCCAAAGAGGUCCUACACAGAAAUGAUCAAGCCUUCUCCGGCCGAGCAGUCCUGGGUGCUGUCAAAGCCCAUAACCAUCAUGAAUCUUCAGUGAUAUGGAGUCCGACAUCUGCUUAUUGGCGAAAGAUUAGGAAGAUAUGCACCAGGGAAAUGUUUUCGGUGCAGCGGCUCAAUGCCAGCCAAAGCCUUCGGAGAAAAAUUGUACAGGAACUGCUGGAACAUGUGGAAGAAUGUUGCGGUAGGGGUUGUGCAGUCGAUAUUGGUGCAGCAACCUUCACAGCAAGCCUUAAUUUGUUAUCGAACACUAUUUUCUCCACUAAUUUGGCUCAUCAUGGUUCUACUUUUUCACAAGAGUUCAAGGAUAUUGUAUGGGGUGUGAUGGAAGAAGCUGGAAAACCCAACUUUGCAGAUUAUUUCCCGGCCUUGCUCUACAAGGGUGGAUAG